AUGGAGUCUCGUGAAGAAUCGAAUACUCAACAGCAUGAGCCAGCCAUUCCAGCACCUCCGUCGGUUCAGGAGCGUAGAAUGCAACUUGAAGCAUUUCAAGCAGAGCGCGCAUUAAACAAAUCUAUGCGUGCAUCUGUACGAGGCAACAACAGCCGAACUGGAUUUCAUUCUUUACAGUCUUUGAAUCGAUCCAUUUUCCGUCCGACAAAAUCUGUCAGUAGCAAUUAUAGUAAAUCAAUAUUAUCAGCAGGUAUUGACCAGUCUAAGAAGGAAAAUGUUAUCAGGAAUGAAAACACCAGUAAUGAUCAAGAAGAAGAAGCUGGUGUGCAAGAGUUCAACACUCGAAGGAUCGUUCAGCAUUUUGAUACAUUAUCCAAAGCGAGCCAACCUACUAAUAAUCUGUUGGGUGUACGACGGCACCUUGGAACAUCAACCCAUCGAGUCGAGAAGAAGCUCUCGUCUACGUCUACACAUGCCCUAUCAAAGACAUUACGGACAGCAAAUCAAAAUAACCUAAAUGAAAAAACUCUGGAUGUAACGAAUAAUGUUGGCUCCUACGAUUUGAAUAAGGCCGCUCAAGAGACACUUGAAACGUCCGGGACUAGUAUUGAUAAGCCUAACAUUGAGGUCGAUCUAUCGGGAAGAUCCGUAUUCCUUGACACAACCAGUACGCGUCAAGACCGACCAUCCGCAGUCUUGACUCCAACAAAACGGAAAGAAGCCCUUUAUCUUUCUCAAGCACGACUCUUGCAAUGGCACAUGAUGAACAAGCAGGCAGCGAUGCACUUUCAAAAACAAGAGGAGUCCGCUACAGCGCAAUUUGAAUUGGUUGGACGUUCACUUCUGAAGAAGAAGGAAAGGUUACUUGAGCUUCAGAACAGAUUUGAGGUUGAGAAAGAAUUAGUGGAUCUUGAGUCAACACUGGGUUAUCAGAGAGAUCAACUACUUGCCGUCACUGCAAAUCUGAAGUCUUUUAAGGACCGUUAUGAGAUUUUCUCCGCUGCGUUUGACAACGAGAGUAAUGUUUUUUAUAUCCCUGGGAUCGACGAUAGUAAUCUCAAGGAAUGGCUAGGGCAGAUCUUGGAGUGCCGAGCAGUGUUGAAUAACUUUAAUGAACGCUCAAAAGAUGAAAGAGAAUUGAUUCACGGGAUUUCUCAAGUCAUGACUCAACUAUGUGAUAUUGUUAAACAGGAAAUUCAGGAACUGAUGGAGUGUAUUGCAUUGAUGAGUAAAGUGCGUGAAGCAGAAUCCCUUGAAAGUAGUUUGGUAGCUUCGUCUUCGGUAUCAUGAUUAUAUUCAGAGGCCUUCAUCCGUGCCAUUAGCCAGUCGUGUUUUCGAAUACAAAGGCCGCAUUGACUGCGCCCAACCGGAUUGCCUUAUACCAUGAGCAUAUGCGUUGAUUCUUCGCGUUCGCCGUUUUUUAUAGAGCUUAGCACUACAUAUUAGCUUCCCUCCACAGGACACUUUAAAGGCAAUAUAAUCAAUGCCGCGUAGCUUGGCUAUGGAAAUCUAGAGUACAAGCCAUAAAAGAAAAAU